AUGACCAGCCGGAUCACCAGCCCCACUGCCCAGCCGGUUGCAGUUUCCGCUGUCCAGCAGGUCACCAGCCCUACUGCCCUGCCCGUUGCAGUUUCUGCUGUCCAGCAGGUCACCAGCCCUACUGCCCUGCCCGUUGCAGUUUCCGCUGUCCAGCAGGUCACCAGCCCUACUGCCCAGCGAGUUGCCAGUUCCACUCUCCAGAGGGGUUCAAGCCCCAGCUGUGAAGCCAUGUUCUCUAAACUUCUUACAAUGUUAGAGGAAAUUAAGGAGACCCAGAAGGUUCAUGGUAAGAUGCUAAAUGUCCUGCUGAAGAAGCAAGAUGGAUCAGAGGAGGUUCCUGAUGGAGUGGUCUUCCCGCUGCAAACUCAAGUAAAUGUUGAGGCUCUCGAGGAGAAACUGGGGGACCGCAGUCUAAUGUCUGCUGUUGUUGCCAUUGUUGCAGAUAUAGGGGGCACAAGUGUCGAUGAUGCAACAAGGCGAAUGAUGAAAUACAUUCUGUCAAACGAGCUGGCAUUGGAGUACAACAUGUUUGGCCGUCAUGGGAAAAAGAAGUUUAAGGACUUGGGUCUUUUCAACGUUGUGUAUGAGGCUCUAAAAAAGAACUCCUUGACAGCACAAGUGAACCAGCAGGAAGCGGAAAGGGCACUGUCCAAAUGGUUCACUGGGGCCAGGGACAGAGGCGGACGAAGAGCAGCCAGACAGCUGGUGCCAAAUUAAAUAGACGCCUGUCUCCUAGGUGGUGCGGCAGCUCUUGUUUGAGUUUUGUUUGUUAUUCUGUUAUGUUCCACACAACAUCCACACACACCAUACUUUCCAGACAUGCACAUCCCACACCACUGAUCUUACUGACUUUCACACCUCAUUUUAUUGUAUCAUUUAUUAUUUAUGUUAAAUAAAUAUGUUCCUUAUUUAUUUGAA